UUCACUUCACCACAGCUGCGACCGACGACCAUAGAACCCUUGAUCAACCCUUUGUGAUUCGGAUUAUGGUGUGACAGUGAUUAUGUGUUGAUUGACUGUUGGUUAGUGCUGAUAUACAAGAUGAAGGCCGUGUUGCGAAACAUACGGAUACUAGUCAUAAUUCUACUCAUUGACAACACCCGCUGUCAAGAUGGAAUGAACAAUGGAGAUGUUAUGCGGUACCAACAGAUAGCAUCCAAUGAUGGACAAAUCGAAACAAUUACCAGCUAUAGUACCAAUAUAAUACAAAGAGAUCCGAGCAGCCAAUCUAUAAGCUCUGUAAGCGUACAGUAUCGUAUGUCUGAUGACAAUAAUGACGAGUUCAAUAGAGCAGACCGUGGAAGAACAAGAAAAGUGUAUCACAUAAAAAAUCCAUUUCAACAAGAUGACACACAAAAAACGGAGUCCACCGUAUCGGAAAAUCAGGACAGCGGCUCAGCGGCUAGUAACCAGUAUGCGGCAAUGCAAUAUUCCCUACCACCAGAAGAUUUUCUCCAACAAAUGAGAGCAGAGAGCCAAUACUACCAACAGCAACAACAGCUUUCUACUCCACCUCCCAAUUUGGGAUAUACGGCCACACCUCAACCGCAGUAUCAAUACUCCACAAUUUCAGCUCCAAGUUAUGAUAAUACUAAUCAACAAUCAAACCAAAUACAGAUGGAACCAAAAACGUCUCAUUCUCAGGCGUAUCUGUCAAACACAAAUUAUCAGUUCAAUGCAAAUGCGUUUUCGUCAGAUAAUUCGCAAAGCACUCCAUCGCCCGUAACUCCAUUUUUAUCAACAUCACUUCCGAAUAGUCAGUUUGUUGGUACUCCGAGUAAUAAUUACGUGUCGAGUUCUUCACCUAUAUUCUUAUCUAGUUCACCAAAUUUGCAGCAAUAUGUAUCUUCACCUUUGUCACCAAUCCAAGUCAGUUCGCCAACGUAUGGUAAUAGAGUAUCGUCCACAAUAGGAAGCAAUUCCAUUAAUUACGACAAUGAUUCGAGCAAAAAAAUGCUCAUAGACCAUUAUGAUAAUUCUGCCAACGGAGUGAGAUACCCUGCAAAUAUGCAGCAGUAUCAAAAUGAUUACCUAUCGUCUACCUCAGCGCCGUUAUCUUCACCUUACUCAGAUCCCAUUCGAGAGUCAUGGCAGAAUACCAUGAAUGCUGGCAUAAAUGCCUUGUCAAAAUCUUUACAAGAAGUAUCUCUGUCGCAAUAUCAAAAUUAUGCCUACAAUAACAAUCAACAAGAUACUAGGCCAGAUUCUACUUUAGAUAGCGCUGGUAGUGACACUCAUAGAAUAGGCUCUUUAUCUCCCGCUAACGGCGCAUACGUGAACUAUGCGCAACCGGAUUAUCAAACUUUAAAUAAUAUGAAAAGUCGACAGAGAGAAUUACAGCAGGAGUCACCUCAGCAAGAAUUGUAUUCUAAUGGUGAUUAUGGAUGGAAGUUGACAGGUAAAAAACCAUUAAUUAGCCCAGAAAAUUACCCUGCAAAUUAUCCAAAGUACCCAGGAAUUAAUUCACAAUCUGAUGGUGGUGCUAUAAGCCAAAUGAAUUUCAAUUUAGAUACAGGUAAAUCAUAUAACUACGAUCAAAAUAUUAAACCUGUUUCUGAAAAUUUCGAAGCCCAAGAAUUUGCCAAAGCGGCAGCAAAGGCACAAGAAAACAUGAAACAACAACAGUUAUACGGAAACAGCUACCCAAAUAAUUUCAUGAAUAAUAAUCAAUACUCACAAAACUCUAAUGCCAAUGUUUAUGAAAAUAAUGACAAACAAAAGAAUAAAUAUGCAUCCGGACUUAGUUUUAAUUCCUACAGUUAUAGUACUCCACAACCAGAUUUAAUAACAGCAUCUCCUUAUUACUACGGUAAUUCAAAUGAUAACAGUGGAGAUAAUAAGGUAAAGCAGCCUUUUGAUCAUGCUAAAGCUUUAAAAAAUAUUGUGCCUAUUGACGUCAGUAAUGUGGUACAAAAUAACGAGGCACAACUCAAAGCAUUAGCAGGGUUGGAUAGCAAUAAUAGGUUUAACCAGGGAAAAGAUCAAUCUGAUCAAAAUAUGAAACAAUAUUAUAAUAGGCCAAUUGCUGAUACAUAUUAUAAAGAUAAAAAUACGCUCUAUGGCUUUAACCUUAAAACGAAACCCGAUGAUUUCUUAGCAGCUGAAAAUUUCAAACAGCUGGAAUCAAAUGGAGCUUAUUUUGCAAAACAGCAGCAAUCACAAGAUGCUAAUAACUUGAAUCCUAUGGGAUUCCCAGCAUCAUCACAAACCGUUACCUACACACCACAGAUCACUAGCAGUUACCCGGACUCUGUACAAUCGGUAGUAAAUUUCCAACAACAAGGGCCAUCUCGACCUCAAAACCAAAUAACAUCGGAUAUCGCAAGUUUGCUAAAAUUAAAUGAUUUACCAUUUAGAAUAACACAAGGCCUUCCCAACGAUAUAUUCAAAGUACAAAACGGUAACUUUGAUCAAACAGUCUUGCCUACACCAUUGCCGAUGAGAAUAAAUCAAAAUCUCGGAAGUCACCAAUUAGACGUAACAUCGAAUCUUCUAAGCAAACUAAUGUUAAAUAAACAACCAUCAUUGAGUGUUAACAGACCAGAAAUAGAUGGUUUAUCCACAAUAAACGGCUAUAAAAUUGCUAAUCCCUACAACGUAGAUUUAAAACUAUUUGCGGAAAUGUUGAAAGGAAAGCCUGCAAUUGAUGAGAGCUCCAUGUUAUCUUUGAAAGACCAAUUCAAAGCUCCAAUUAAACUGGAUCUCUCGCAGUUGCAACUUUUGCUUAGAAAUGAGAAUAAUGCAAAUUUGGCUCCAAUUAGCGAUGGGUUAAGUGCACUGUCAAGUCCUUACAUAGAUAUUUACAAUAAUGGACGGUUUCCAUAUCAAGGCGUUAAAUAUUCAAGGAGUCAAGAAGAAGAAGAGAGUAUAAUACCGAUUGCGGAUGCGACGAACAGCCAUCCUAUCGGAGCAGUCAUGGAUCAAGAUGAUACAGAAGGUGAAAGCGAUGUUGGUCCUGAGUCGGAUACAACAGCACAGGCCGAUGAAAGUUUUGUAGCGAAUUAUGACGAAGACCGAUCCAAAAAACCUUUAAUAAUUAUUCAUAAAAAUAGGGAUAGACAUCGGCAUCCGAAUGCACUUUUGUCAGGUCGUCAUUCAUAUCAAAGAAAAUAUCCUGUAGACGAACCAUAUCCACUCCUGAGACCACCGCCACCACAGUCAUCUAGGAAUAGAGUUCAUGUGAAACAUGAUAAAUAUAAUAGACAACGAAGGGUUACCAAGCCUAAAGUUUUUAGAAUAUUAAAAUCUGAAGCAAUGUACGAAGCAGACGCUGACACUGACAGCGUAGACACCUCGGUACCGAUACUCUUGCGGCCGCCUCCUCCUGACGCAAAGGACAAAUCAGACAAGGUGGCAGCCUGACAAAAAUCAUUAUCGCUUUACAUUUCGUUAAUUUAAUUUUGUUAUCCAGUGUACAACAAUCAAUUUUAUAUUUUGUUACCUUUCGUCAAUGUACUUGUUCUAAGUCUAUGAAUUAGUCAUGUAUUUAUUUAACUUAUAAGUUUGUGUGGAUAGCUGUUAUCAUAUUUGACUUGUAUGAAUCUUAUUUUGGCAUUUAUAGGAUUAUAGAUAUAAAAUUCUAUUAAUUAAGAAUCAGUUUGCUUGUAUAUAAAACAUAAUUGAAGCUGACAAAUAUUCUGGAAAUAAUUUCAAAAGCAACCAAUUGUUUUCUAGUUAAAUUGCAGUUGCAUCAUUCGACAUUACCACCAAUGUGUAUGAAGUUUUUAAUUUAAGAAUAUGUUGUAAAUAUUUAGUUUGUAUAAGAGUUGCAUAGAUGUAUUAUUCUUUUUGUUGUGAUAAGCUGAGUUGCUGUUAACAUUGUUUAUAACGUUGUAAGCAUUUUUUGUGUGUUG